AUUUAUGGCGGUUUAUUUUAGAAUCUUACAUUGUAAUUAUCAAUGACAUGUGGGCCGUGUGUUGUCUAUUCUGCCUCUGAUUUUUGAAAUUAGAGAAGGAAAAAAAUUCUGCAAGAUAUGGAUGAAAGUGAAAAAUUUUUAGAAGAAUCUUCACACACUCCAGAUUUUAGACAUGUCAAGACAUCCACUGCAGCAAAAGAAAAUGUAAACUGGCGUGACAACUCUUUCCAGAAGCGUUUGCAGCUGGGUCAGACAUUAGAUUCCUUAUACAUCUCUUCUGGUGAAACACAAAAUUCAGUUCUCAGUGAAGUUACUAAUAAGUACAAUUUUUCUGUGUCAAAACCUGAAUUUAAUUUACAGAAUGGGUCAUCAAGUGAUGAGGAUGCUAAUUCCUCCCUUGGCCUUUUACCUAGAGAAAAUUUCAGUGAUGUAACAGAAACUUCUCUAACUUUAUGUUCAAGUGCAAGGAAAAAACAGAAGUCUAAAAAGAAACAUAUCAAAGGAUCAAGUAUUUUACCAAAGUAUUUGCAACAAAAUAGGAUAAACAAAGAAAGCUGUGCAUCUGAUUCCGUAUUCUCUUCUGAUUCUUUGGAUGUCAGAGAAAGUAAAAUUAAAGAUGAUGUGGCAGAUUCUUCCGAUAUUGAAUUCGACGGCACUAAUAUUCCCGAACUGAAUUAUGAUUACAAUCCUUUCUCUAUUACUGAGGCUCUAGAUGCAAUUCGUGCAGAUACUCAUUUGGAAGAUGAGCAGACUUUAGUCACUGAUAAAAGAAACGUUGUUCAAAAUGAAACAAAGGUUGAAUUUCAGCAGAAUUCUGAAUUGUCUAAUAUUAAAUUUGAUGAUAACCAGAAGUCAAAAAGUGAUUCACGUGAAUCUGUUUUUGAAAAUUUUGUGCCAGCAUAUGAAUCCAUACUUAAACAACUUAUGCCGUCUAAAAAUCUGAAUAAAGAAGAUAAUAGUUUGGAAACAUCACAACAACUUGUUAAAGUAUCUUCAUUCUUGGCCCCGAAUUCAUUUAAAGCUGACUCUGUAUCCCAAAAUUUUUCUUCAGGCAGUCAAAAUUUAGAAUGUAGCACUGAAAAAAUGCGUUAUGAACAGAAUUUAUCUGUGGAAUUCUCUGAAAAACAGAUAUCUGCUCGAUCUUCAUCUUUCGGUGUUUCGUCAAAUAUAUUUGGAUCUGAAGCAUUUAGUGUUUCCAGUAAAGAUCUAUUAUCAAUUAGCAGUGAUUUUCUUCAAGAGAAAUAUUUAGAUAUUUUCAAGAAUGAACUAUCAAGAGAUGAAAUAUUGAGUGGAUCAUGCUUUGUUAAAAAUACAGAUAAUCUAUCAGCUUCUCUGUGUAAUAUUCUGCAAAAACAUAAAGAGAACGAUCAUUUAGUUCAGUCUUUAGAAUCUGAUUUCCCAUCACCAGAGAAUCAUGGUUCUACAGAUCUGCCACCAGAAACCUGUGUUUCUCCAGACUUAGCCUUUUAUUCUGACUUGCUCAUGAAUGAACUACAAGACUGUGUUGCAAAAGAAGGUGGUAUUUCUGAAGAAGAUUUUUUUACUUCUGAAGAAGCAAAAGAAAUGUUGAAAAAGGAUGAAGAAAUAUUUCACAAGGAACACAUGUUUGAGCCAGCAGACGAAUCAAAAGUAGGUAAUUUCAGUUCUUGGUCAGUGACUUCAAUGCAGAGUAGAAUAAGCCCACCGAGCUGGUUUGCAGAACUUGAUUACAGUCAUAAACGUAAUGCAGAUAGGCACAUCUCGAUUGGUACACUUAUUAGUGCACGUUCGGAGAAACUUGGUUGUCUGUCAGAGGAUUCCAAUAGGGAAAGACCUUCUUUUGGGAUUCCUGUUGCAACUCCACAACAUUCUGUAGAUCACGAAUCUCUCGCAUUUUCUGAAACUUCUGAUGCUUCUUUACCUGAAAUGUCAGACUAUCAAAGUAAGCCAAGUGCAUUAAAAACUGUUCCAAAUCAUGUAUACAAGCAGGACAAUGCCCAAGAAAUGAUUCGAGCGAGUGAUGUGUCUGAAUUGUUAAGAGACAUUUCUGCAUCUAGUCCACUUAGAAUGGCAACUAAAAUUUUUGAAAAAUGUAUGCCUUAUACCAAAAUACCUAGAGUAGAUGAAUAUAAAAACAGUUUACAAAGAAAUGAACAAAGCUUAUCAGAUGUAAGUGAUAACAUACCUAAGUUAAAUGAGAGUUGUGCAGCAGCAGGUUUAGAUAACACUCUUACAAAAUCCUCAUCACAGAGCAGCAAUGAAAAAGAUCUAAAUGCAGAUGAUGAUAACUGCAAAGUGUCAACUCCUGAAACAUCACAGUGUCUAUCUCUUGAUCAAAUGCUUAAUAUUUCAAAUGUGGAAUCAACCAAAGGAGACAAUAAAGUUCCACAAACAACUGGUUGUCAAAAUUGCCUGACUUCAUCUCAGCGUAAUCAUAACGAGUGUUUCACGAGACCUGCUUCUGCUUGUUCGAGUGCUUCCAACAAUCCCACUGUUAUUCAGAAUGCUCUUUCUCAGUAUGCUUGCAUCAAGUGUCAAAAUUCGUGUCAAGAACAUUCCCAGCAGAGUAUUAAUCCAGUUGCAUUUCAACCGCCCAGUCAUUGUCUCCACUCCUGCCAACAACAACAAAAUACUUGUAUGCACCAGGACAUUAUGGCUUCCCAAGUUGUAUCUUUUCCUACAUCUUUCCCGAUCCAACAAUUUUUAAAGAAAUCUUUUCCUAGUUGUGAGUCUAUCCCAAUGUUUAUGUCUGGUACUGCUUUCUCACCACCUUCUAUAAAAGGACCAGCUGAGUUAAAUUUUCCAGAAAAACUUUGCGUUGGUGAUUCCCAACAAAUGUCUUUACCUGUCGAAAAUUCUCACUCAUUGCAUUGUUUUUAUUAUGUUUCCUGUACUUCUGCAAAUAUCAAUGACUUUCAUGUUCCAGUCGAUAUGGCAGGCUUGAGUUUCCCGACUGUGGUACCGAAGAGUCAUGGGAAUAUUACUGUUAUCCAGGUUACAUUAUCGCCAAGAUACGAAGGCAAAAUUCAAGUUGAAUUGCAGAUUUCUUUGAUUGUGAGUCCUGUAGAACAAACACUUAACUCAGCAUCUGGUAUGUCUUUCAAAACAAGAUUACAGUAUGAAGCAGUUCGACCUUCAGUUUGCAUCUUGAGUAAGGGGAAAGAAGCUCUGAAUUUUGGAUCUGUAUUUGCCAGUAGCACCAUAAUAGAAUAUGUUAGCAUCAGUAACAAAAGUGAAGUCACAGUACCUUUACAGAUUAGUUUAUCAGAAGACAUUGAAGACAAUCGAAUUAAUUUUGGAUUGAAUGAAAUUAAUCGUCUGAAAUCAUCAACUGCAGUAGAUUGCCAAAUAUUAUCUCCCAAGCUGUUGCAGUACCGUUUACCAGCUGCCCGGAGAGAAUCGGUUCCUUUUGAUAUUCCUAUUGUUUUUGAAGCUGGAAAUAGAAACCGUAAUAUAAAUUUUACUGUCACUGCUGCUCUGCAGACGCCUACUGUACGAGAUGUAUUGGCAUAUAUUACGAUUUCUGCCUCUGUUGGAAUAUCCAGACUUAUACUCAAAGAUAGAUCACAGAAUCCUCUGCGGUUAACAGCUAAUGAAGGAACAACCGUGAGAAAAUCUUUAGAAGUCCUAAAUGAAGGCAGUUUAUGUGCUGUGUAUGAUUUACACAUUGAAGAAGAAAAUCAUUCUUUUAAUGUUUUUCCUACUACUGUAAAUCUUCAGCCCAUGCAGAGUUCCUUAAUUACUAUUACUUUUACACCAUCAUCUUCACAGUUUGUUAAAGGCAACCUUCAAGCAGCAGCUCAGCCUCAUGGGAAAGUUUUGAAUAUAACAGAAAUAAUAGGUGAUACUAUUCAGCAUGCACAGAAUCACUCAUCUGUGGUGCCUCAGAGAGUAGAAAGCUCUAGAAUUUUACAGUCAAGAAUAUCCAAUUCCAUUGAAUGUAAUAAGAAGUUCUUAGCUUGGGGAGGUGUUGAUAUUGGCAACAAUGGAAUCCAAAAAUUUAUUAUAAGAAAUGCUACAAAUUGUGUUUCAAAAACAAAGAUCUUCCUGAAAGAAAAAUCCUCCAAUUUCCAGUUGAUGGACAAUUUAAAUCAAAAGGUAUUUACUUUAAAACCAAUGGAAGAGGAAACGAUUUCUUUGAAGUUUACUCCAACUGAAGUUGUGUCAUAUUCAGGCACACUUGUAGUAAAGUCUUUGCUUGAUAAUCAAAAACAAAUGGCAUUUGUGAUUCCUCUCGGUGGUUAUGGUGGCACUGGCAAAAUUGAAGCUAUUGGAUUAACUGUAAAGGAAGGUAUUGGACAUUGCUUGGACAUAAACAUUCCUGAAGGAAACAGAAUUUAUCAUGCUAAUCUUGUCAUUAGUAAUACCGGCCAUCGUGACUCAUUUGUUAAAGUGUUAGUGUCAUCAGAUAAGCAAGUGGUUGUGUACCCUAAAGAAUUUGUUCUGUUGAAAAAUGAAAAAAAGACUCUAAUUAUUACUGUAAACUGUCUAAAAGGCUGCAAUGAAUGUGGUAUUUCUGGUGAUGGAAUUAUUACUAUAUUAUAUGGGGAUGAAAUUAUGAGACAACAAAUAAGAAGAAUUGGAAGCCAAAAUUUGAGGAUAUCUGCCAAUGACCCUCUGCAUAACAUAAAUUUUGAUAUUUAUUAUGAAGGAGAAGAAAAAGCUAUAUAUGAUACAUCCUAUCCUGGGUCGCCGAAGGACGAUUCUCUCUUCUACGCCAGUAUGAAAAAACUUUUAAUCCCAUUGCAGAUUAGCGAACAAAGUAAUGCAAGCCAGUUGCAUUUUGAUGCAUUGUCUGUAGUAGAAGAUAUCUCUAACUUGUCAUUUAACUCAAAUACAUCUUCAAGAUAUUUGAAUUCAGCUACUCUCGCUCAUUCUCCACCUGUCAAGGAAUCUGCUAGAGAGAUUGUCAGAAGGAUACCCGAAGAAAAUGCUUGUGCUAAUUCCCCAGAACUGUCACCUGUGGUGUCUGAUCAUGAAUCUGCUAGAGGAACAAACAGAAAAAUAUCCAAUGAAAAUUACAUAACUAUUCCCCAGGAACUCUCAUCUGCAAGAUCUGUCAGAGAAUCUGCUGGAGGAGCCAUCAGAAAAAUACCUAAACAAAAUCAUUUGAAUUCUCAAGAGCUGUCUUCUGUGGUGUCUGUUCCAAACAUUAUGAAAGAAGGCAUUGUGAAUGACUUUUGGACUGUGAAACCUGAGGAAAUAGUUGUAGAGACAAUAAACAAAGAUAACAGAAUUUUGCUUAUCAGUCACUCAAGUAAUGACUUACGGUUCAAAGUUCAGUGGAACGUUGAUGUAAUUAGUGUUUCGCCUGUUAGUGGAGUUCUUUCAGCUUAUGGACAGUUAGGUUUGCGUAUAAGUAUAAUAUCCCAUUCUCUGACAAAACUUAGCAAAGAUUAUGAAGGCCAUAUCAAGAUCUUUUGUGGGAGCUGUGAAAAGACUGUUCCUGUCAAAGUGAUAAAAGAGCAGAGAAAACAAAGUUCUGCUAAAAUAAGUCAAUUGGAUUCUGAGGAUGAAAUUCUAAAAAGUGCUUUCUUAAAUGAUGAAACAGUUGCCUUAGAAGAAACUCAGCCAAUCAAUGCAAAAUCUGUAGUUGUAGAAAAUAUCUAUAAUUUUCCAACACAUAUUCAUCUGGAAGCUACAUUACCUAAAAUUCCAUCUGAAACUCUGUUGAUUCUAAAAAAUCCUGGAAAAUCUUCUGUUAAGUGGAAUAUUCGGUCAAUCUCGAUUGUUUUCUCACAUGUACUGGAAGAUUCUUUCGAAAAUACUGACCCCGUUAUACAGCUAACUCCAUUAUGUGGUGUUUUGGAUUCUAUGAAAACAAAAACAGUUGUUAUAAAAUUUUUACCUCCAGCUGUUGGUGAUUUCUCUCAGCAUUUUGAAAUCAGUCUGAAUUUUGAAAAUGGUAUUAAGAAAAGUUCUGCUUUUAAAAUUGAAGGAGGGGCUAAAGCUGUCUUCUCAGAGUUAAAAGUUGCAGCUAGUCAUGGAGAAAAAAGAUCAUCUUUGCCUCUGAAAGAAAGGCCCAAAACAGCUGUUUCUAUCGACAAGGAAGUUUGUGAGUUUCCUAGUACUGCUGCCGGCAAAAGUUCUUCCAUUACUUUUACCUUAAGAAACAGAUCUACUCAGGACAUAAAGCUCAGUGUAAUAGAGCCACGGAUGCCAUUUGUAAUACGCCAUUCUGGUUUAACAGUGAAAUCGAAAAAGUUUAUAACUGUCCCAGUGCAUUUUAAACCUAUUGGACCUGGAUUUUAUGAAGAUACAUUACUACUUCAUUCGGAAGAAGGUCCUGAAUUUGAAGUUCAUUUGAAAGGCAGAUGUUCUUGAUUAUAAAAUUAAUUUUUGGAGUUGUAUAUAUUAGAACUUUAUAUUUACAUGAAAUGUGUGUAUUUUUAAAUCUUUAUAUUUAUAUUUAAAUUUAUUUGUAUUUUUAAAUACUGAAAUAUAU